CGGAAGUAAACUAUGACCAAUAACUAUUUCCAAGUUAGCGUUUUUCUUGUUGUUAUUUAGACGUUUAUUAACACCAUGGAAUUCAAAAUAUGACACAUUUAACUGCUCAGCAUCACAUACUUACACCGUGUAGUCUUUAAUUUGCGUUGGAAACAGGACUUGGUUGAUAGAUAGUUUAUAGGUGACGCUAGCUAGCUGCUAACAAUGGCUAACUGUAUGGUUUUUCACACUCAAAUAGCCUCCGUUAUGGAGAUGCUAGCGAAUGCAGCCGUGGCAGAGAUCUGUAAACUCGUAGACGACGACUAUGCAGUGUUUCGUUUGGAAAUAAUUCAAAGCCAGAAAGAAAACAGGGCAUUGCGGAGGAAAUUACAGCUACAAGAACUGAAGGUGGCACGGGAGCGCGUCCUCGCCAGUCGUCCCAGUAGUGUCAAGCUUGUCAACCGAUACAGAGGAAUGGCAAGAGGUGAAGGAAAUCUCACCGGAGGCCACAGGAGCUUUGUGAAGCCAGUGGGACACAAUACAUGGAGAGAUGACCAACCAAUCACUGUUGAUGAGGGGAAUGGAACCUCAACCCAGCACGUUAUUGUGAUAGAGUCUGCAGAUACAGAGGCUGCAGGUCCUGGAGUCAAGCAGGAGAUGUCUGAAGGAGAGGAGGAUCCACAACACAGCACCAACAUCCAGACUGGAGCGCCCCAUGUAGUCACGAAGGACCCCAACACCACCCCAGUGCAGCCCAGGGACAUCAGUAGAACGCCAAACGCCAUCCUCAAGUCUGAGACAGAGACUUUAACGAGGCUGGGGAGACUGGGCUGUCCUACUCCCCGCUCAGAGUAUUUACUUUACGGUAACCCGAGCCAGAGGACAGUUCUGUCCCAUCGGGACUCAGGUGAUGCGUUACAGACUGGCAAUGAUCCGACCCGUUCAUACGCUACAGAGAUGAUACCUGGUGACGUGCCUGUGGGCUUAGAUACACCGACUAAUCCAAUAAGAGGGGACUGGAACCCGUACAGUAGUAGUGUAUACUCUGAAGGGUUCCUAGAUAAGAAAGGGGAGGGUCUGGUCGUAGAUGAGAUGACUGUGAAAGUGGAGGGUGACGCUCCUCUGAUAUGGAAUAAAGACGAGACUCACUUAGGAGGACAGUCUCAGGGCAACACUAGUGACUUCUUAGACUACAGGGAAAGCUUAGAGCCAAAUCAAAAUAUCGCAGCCCACUCCCCUUUACACACGCUCAGGGAUCGCGACCCAGUGUCCACAUCGAUGGCACCUUCCGAUUCACACGGCCACAUCCUUUCCGAUCAGGUAUUGAACUCAAACGACAAGAUUAGAGUCCAGGCUCGGGAAGUGGGAGCAACAUCCGGCGGUAGUAAAGAGAAACGGUUCUUCUGCAUGUUCUGUAACAAAGGCUUCAGCUGCCCCCAGAAGGUGGAGAUCCACCAGAGGGUCCACAUAGGGGUGAAACCUUUCAGCUGUAGCCAGUGUCAAAUGCGCUUCUCCCAGGCUUGGAAUCUGAAGAUCCACCAGAGGGUCCACACAGGGGAGAAACCUUACAGCUGUAGCCAGUGUCACAUGCGCUUUGCCCAGACUUGCAACCUGAAGAGGCACCAGAGGGUCCACACAGGGGAGAAACCGUACAGCUGCCCCCAGUGUGAGAAGAGGUUCUCCCAUCAGCACCAGCUGAAGAUGCACCUGAAGGUCCACACGGGAGAGAGGGCCCAGUGUUACCCCCAGACUAGCAGUAACGAGUCCUAACCUCAAUUUAAUUCCACGUGAUUAAUGGUAACUAGGCUACUCCAAAACUGCGCUCUGUAAAUGAAUGGCGCUGAUGGGCGUUAGAAGCCUGCAAACUUGCAACAGCAUCAAUUUGCUAAUAGCCUGAUACUCAGUGCUCUAGUUAACAUGAUAAAGUGUUGCAUUCUGAAAAUGCAGGUGUAUUGACCAUGGCAUUCAAUUUCAAGUUCCACAUUUUCGUUAUUUAAAUAGACUCACUGCUAAACUCAGCAACAAAGAAACAUCCCUUUUUCAAGACCCUGUCUUUCAAAGAUAAUUCGUAAAAAUCCGAAUAACUUCACAGAUCUUCAUUGUAAAGGGAUUAAACACUGUUUCCCAUGCUUGUUCAAUGAACCAUAAACAAUUAAUGAACAUGCAUCUAUGGAAUGGUCGUUAAGACACUAACAGCUUGCAGACAGUAGGCAAUUAAGGUCAGUUCUGACACUAAAGAGGCCUUUCUACAGACUUUGAAAAACACCAAAAGAAAGAUGCCCAGGGUCCCUGCUCAUCUGCGUGAACGUGCCUUAGGCAUUCUGCAAGGAGGCAUGAUGACUGCAGAUGUGGCCAGGGCAAUAAAUUGCCAUGUCUGUACUGUGAGACACCCAAGACAGUGUGACAGGGAUCAUCCUCGCAAUGGCAGACCACAUGUAACAACACAUGCACAGGAUCCGUCCAUCCCAACAUCACACCUGCAGGACAGGUACAGGAUGGCAACAACAAGUGCCCGAGUUACACCAGGAAAGCACAAUCCCUCCAUCAGGGCUCAAACUGUCCACAAUAGGCUGAGAGAGGCUGGACUGAGGGCUUGUAGGCCUGUUGUAAGGCAAGUCCUCACCAGAAACAACUUCGCCUAUGGGCACAAACCCACCGUCGUUGGACCAGAAAAGACUGGCAAAAAGUGCUCUUCACUGACGAGUCAUGCUUUUGUCUCACCAGGAGUGAUGGUCGGAUUUCCGUUUAUCGUUGAAGGGUUGAGCGUUACACCGAGGCCUGUACUCUGGAGCGGGAUCGAUUUUGGGGGGGGUCCGUCAUGGUCUGGAGCGGUGCGUCACAGCAUUAUCGGACUGAGCUUGUUGUCAUUGCAGGCAAUCUCAAUGCUGUGCGUUACAGAGAAGACAUCCUCCUCCCUCAUGUGGUACCCUUCCUGCAGGCUCAUCCUGACCUGACCCUCCAGCAUGACAAUGCCACCAGCCAUACUGCUCAUUCUGUGUGUGAUUUUCUGCAAGUCAGUCUUCUGCCAUGGCCAGCGAAGAGCCCGGAUCUCAAUCCCAUUGAGCACGUCUGGGACUUGUUGGAUCGGAGGGUGAAGGCUAGGGCCAUUCCCCCAAGAAAUGUCCGGGAACUUGCAGGUGCCUUGGUGGAAGAGUGGGGUAACAUUUCACAGCAAGAACUGGCAAAUCUGGUGCAGUCCAGUACAUAAUGCAGCUGGUGGCCACACUAGAUACUGACUGUUACUUUUGAUUUUGACCCUCCCUUUGUUAAGAGACACAUUAUUCCAUUUCUGUUCGUCACAUGUUUGUGGAACUUGUUCAGUUUGUCUCAGUUGUUGAAUCUUGUAAUGUUCAUACAAAUAUUUACAUAUGUUAAGUUUCCUGAAAAUAAAUGCAGUUGACAGUGAGAGAAUGUUUAUUUU